AUGGCUAAAUCAGUAAAGGAAGAACGCGUUAGAAAGAGCAAAUCAGAAAAGAAAGAUAAGAAUAAUGAAAAGAAGAUAAAAACAGAAGAUUACCAAAUUAGGAAAAUGACGUCAUCUGAAUCUAAUUCAAAAGCAAAGCCAAUGUGCACUGAAAAGGCCACAAAAUUGGUUUAUUCACUACUAUCACUAGCCAAGAAGAACAGAGUCUUAAAGAUAGGUAUUAACGAAUCAAUUAAGAAGUUAAACAAAGGAGAUGCAGAUUUGAUUAUCUUGGCAGGAGAUACGGCUCCUUUUGCUAUUAUAGAACCAGUAGUACAUCUGUGUGAGAACAAGAAUAGAACGUUCUACUUUGUUCCUGAUGUAGUUUCACUAGGUAAAGCUUGUGGGUUAAGUAGGCCAGUAGCUGCUUGUACUGUGAUGUAUUCUGAUACACCGGCUUUACGUAAGCUUGUUAGUGAAAUUAGAGAUCUCAUGAGCAAUGCAUAA